AUGAGAGAUGAGGAGAACAAUGACAAUGAAGAGAGGGAGAGGGUGGAAUUCGUUGCCGAAUCUGCUGAGCCAUUGUCCACUUCUACAUACCCUCAUCUUCCGGGGGACUUGUCCAUGAGGCUAGAGAAACAUGUGGGGACGUAUGCCGGUGCAACGAUUUGGGGAAAAUCCUUCUUGCCUAGGGGCGUGUCCGGUGAAGGUGCUAAAGUGUUUGAGCUUGGUCAUGAGGUCAUGCAUUUCUUGGUGAAGAUGCCUCAUCUUGAGAGACUCGUGCUGAUCUGCGAUGCAUCACUUGGCAAUGAUGCUCCGGCUCAACUAUCCACUGCAGUUUGCGGGAUGGGAUCCAGACAAAGCUUCACCCAUGUGCCUAACCCAAGUUAUCGAGUAACAGUGUCAGCUGGUAGUGAGCUAAUUCGAUUUCGGCAGCCAUGCUUUGACUAUCAUCUUCAUUCUCUACCACCGCUCUUCUGCUCGCUAUUGAUUCUAAAUCCCAUGGCGGCGACGAUAGCUACUAUCCUGGCUUCAACCCGAAAUCCCUUUCUCUGCCUCCGCGAACAACCGUCUGUGAGAAGUCGCUAUCUAGACCCCUGUCGCAGCCGAUGGAUUCCCAGAUCCAUUCGAGCAUGCCUACCUUCCGACAAGGUAGGUGGUGAAGGAGGCAUUUCAGCUUCAGCUAAAAGAUUACAUUUUGGAAAGGAAUUUCUGAGUUUUGCUUCAGAUAAUUUCUUGCCUUUAGCUCUUGUUAGUGGAGUGGGGCUGGGAUUUGCAAACCCAUCUCUUGGCUGUCUUGCAGACAAAUACUCUCUUUCAAGGUUCAGCACUUGUGGGAUAUUUAUCAUAUCAGGCUUGACUUUACGUACUGAAGCUAUUGGCGCUGCUGUAAAAGGAUGGCGACUCGGAGUCUUUGGGCUAGUCUCUAUUUUGUUGCUCACUCCAUCCUUCUCAAGGCUAAUUAUGCUGGUCCAACUCCAACCCCGGGAACUUGUUACAGGGCUGGCUAUAUUUUGCUGUAUGCCAACCACCUUAUCAAGUGGUGUUGCCCUCACUCACCUUGCUGGUGGCAAUUCUGCUCUUGCUCUUGCGGUCACAGUUACAUCCAACUUAUUAGGAAUUCUAACUAUUCCAUUUUGGGUAUCAAGAUACGUAGCUGGGGGAGUAGGGAUUUCUUUUCCUACUGACCAACUAUUCAGAAGUCUUGUAGUUACUCUGUUAAUUCCUUUAAUCAUUGGCAAGGUUGUUCGAGAAUCAUUCAAAGGUUUCGCAAACUUUGUUGACAGUAACCGUAAACUCUUUUCGAAAAUCAACGCAAUCUGCCUCAGCUUGGUACCAUGGAUCCAAGUUAGCAGGUCAAGAUCACUGCUACUAUCCGUUGAGCCAAAGGUUUUUCUUGCCGCCGUAGGCAUUGGAAUAUUGCUGCAUCUUUCUCUACUAGCAUUCAAUGCUGUUUCGAUCAGCAUCCUCUUAGCUGUUUCAGGUGAUGGCAGUAAGAAGAACUCCAAGGGAAAUGCCACUGCAGUCUUGCUCGUUGCAAGCCAGAAAACAUUACCGGUAAUGGUGGCGGUGGUGGAACAGUUACGAGGUGCAUUUGGUGAAACAGGGCUCUUGGUUCUUCCUUGUGUAGCUGCACACCUGAACCAGAUCAUGAUCGAUUCCAUACUUGUCAACUUAUGGCUCCGGAAGCGUGAUAUGACUUCGACUGAUCUUUUUCAUCUCCAUCGUUUCAAAUCAAGGUUACAUCAAGCUCUCUUGUCAACGAAGAUGAAUUCUCGUUUUUUCGCUCAGGGUGGAAGUGAAAGUGAUACUGAUACUGAUAUUGAAGAUCCUGUCAUCGAGGUUCAGAAUACCGACGUCAAUAACCGUUACCUUCAAGAUGGCAGUGACGAGGAGGAUGAGACGGAUACUAAACGUGUCGUUAAGGCAACCAAAGACAAGCGUUUUGAGGAGAUGACCGACACUGUGGAGAGGAUGAAGAACGCCAUGAAGAUCAAUGAUUGGGUUAGCCUGCAAGAAAACUUUGACAAGGUCAACAAGCAGCUUGAGAAAGUUAUGAGGAUUACAGAGGCUGUGAAGGCUCCGACCUUGUACAUCAAAACCCUUGUGAUGUUGGAGGAUUUCUUGAAUGAAGCUCUGGCGAAUAAGGAAGCUAAGAAGAAGAUGAGCCCUAGUAACUCCAAGGCGUUGAACUCAAUGAGACAGAAACUGAAGAAGAACAAUAAGCUGUACGAAGAAGAUAUCGUUAAAUAUAGGGAGUCUCCAGAAGUUGAGGAUGAGAAUGAACCAGAAGAGGAGGACGAAGAAGAGGACGAUGAGGAUGACUCUGAGGACGAUGUUGUCAUAGAGCCUGGGUCUGAAGACGAGGUGGAUGGACCUGCUGAUAACCGCUGGGAGAAGAUACUAAACCCAAAAGAUAAGCUUAUGGAGAAGCUGCUUAACAAAGAUCCUAAAGAGAUAACUUGGGAUUGGGUCAACAAGAAGUUCAAAGAAAUUGUGGCUGCUCGUGGGAGGAAAGGAACUGCACGAUUUGAGCUAGUGGAUCAGCUUACGCACUUGACAAAGAUUGCCAAGACUCCUGCGCAGAAGCUUGAAAUCUUGUUUACCGUUAUUUCAGCACAAUUUGACGUGAAUCCAGGUCUCAGCGGACACAUGCCUAUCAAUGUUUGGAAGAAAUGUGUGCUGAACAUGCUCACCAUACUGGACAUUCUUGUCAAGUACAACAACAUUGUUGUGGAGGACACAAUUGAACCUGAUGAGAAUGAAACUUCAAAGCCAGCAGACUAUGAUGGUACAGUUCGGGUAUGGGGAAAUUUGGUUGCGUUCAUAGAGAGGAUUGACACUGAGUUUUUCAAGAGUUUGCAGUCUAUUGAUCCUCACACCCGUGAGUAUGUUGAGAGAUUGAGGGAUGAGCCCAUGUUCUUGGUCCUUGCUCAGAACAUUCAAGACUAUUUGGAGCGGAUGGGUGAUUUUAAAGCUGCUGCAAAGGUAGCCUUGAGACGAGUUGAGUCAAUAUAUUACAAGCCGCAGGAAGUUUAUGAUGCUAUGAGGAAAUUGGCUGAGUUGGUUGAGGAAGAUGAAGAAGCGGAGGUGGCCGAAGAGGAAAAUGGACCUACUUCUUCAUUCAUUGUUGUUCCAGAGGUUGUUCCCCGUAAGCCUACCUUCCCAGAGAGCGGCCGAGCAAUGAUGGAUGUUCUUGUGUCCCUAAUCUACAGAAAUGGAGAUGAGCGGACCAAAGCUCGUGCAAUGCUAUGUGAUAUCUAUCACCAUGCUUUGAUGGACAACUUUGUGACUGCUAGAGAUUUGUUGCUGAUGAGUCAUCUCCAAGACAACAUUCAGCACAUGGACAUCUCAACUCAAAUCCUCUUUAACAGGACCAUGGCACAGCUUGGUCUUUGUGCCUUCCGUGUUGGAAUGAUCAAUGAGGCUCAUAGCUGCCUCGCCGAGCUGUAUUCUGGUCAAAGAGUGAGGGAGUUGCUUGCUCAAGGUGUCUCGCAAAGUCGUUAUCAUGAGAAGACACCAGAACAGGAAAGGAUGGAGAGGAGAAGACAAAUGCCGUACCACAUGCACUUAAACCUCGAGCUCCUAGAGGCUGUUCACCUAAUCUGUGCCAUGCUACUUGAAGUCCCAAACAUGGCAGCAAACUCUCUUGAAUCAAGACGCAGAGUUAUUAGCAAGAAUUUCCGUCGCCUGCUUGAGAUCAGUGAGAGGCAAGCGUUCACUGCACCGCCUGAGAAUGUACGUGAUCACGUCAUGGCAGCCACAAGAGCCCUGACCAAAGGGGAUUUCCAAAAGGCGUUUGAAGUUUUGAACUCUCUUGAAGUCUGGAGACUGCUCAAGAACCGGGACAGCAUCCUCGAGAUGGUGAAAGCUAGGAUCAAAGAAGAGGCUCUAAGGACUUACCUGUUCACAUAUUCAAGCUCCUACGAGUCCCUAAGCCUUGAUCAGUUGGCCAAAAUGUUUGAUGUCUCUGAAGCACUGGUUCACAGCAUUGUGAGCAAGAUGAUGAUCAAUGAGGAGCUUCAUGCAAGCUGGGACCAGCCAACACAAUGCAUUGUCUUCCAUGAAGUGCAACACAGCAGAUUACAAUCAUUGGCUUUUCAGUUAACUGAGAAACUCUCGGUUUUGGCUGAAAGCAAUGAAAGGGCAAUGGAAUCUAGAACCGGUGGAGGUGGUCUUGAUCUGAGUUCAAGGAGAAGGGACAACAAUCAGGACUAUGCAGGAGCAGCAUCUGGCGGUGGGAAAUGGCAGGACAACAUGAAUUAUGGACAAGGAAGACAAGGUAACAGAUCUGGUUAUGGUGGAGGAAGAGGGCAGCAUGGUCAGUCUAGAGACUGGUCAGGGCAGAACCGAGGAGGGUAUGCAGGAAGAGUUAAUUCAGGAAACAGAGGUGGUAUGCAAGUGGAUGGCUCAAGCCGUAUGGUAAGUCUGAACCGAGGUGUUCGUGCUUAA